AUGAAGUGCUCAAACCAAAGUCACACCGUGCCACAUAGUACCACUCAACCAAGUCCCAAUCAACAAUGGAUUGUGAACCAGGAGAAUAAAAUAAUUCAGUUGGUCCAAAACAUAAAUAAAAAAAUAAAAAAUGCUGAAAGUGAAAGGGAUUUAAUUUUGAGAAUUAUAGCGCACUUACAAACUCAAGAGGGACUUGCUACUGACAGUAACAAAUAUUCUAGUCAUGAAUCAUAUCCAGUGAACAGAAUUAAGUCCUUAUAUGCUGAAAAUAUGGGGAAGCAAAACUCGUGUGAAAAAGUUGAGCACAAUGACAAAAACGACCUGUGCAAAUUAGGCAAUCUUUCUGAGGGAAUUCAUUCAAAGUGUGUCAGAUGCAAUAAUGCUCCAAACAAUUCUAAACAAUCGCGACGUAAUUCAAAUCCAGUCAGUCCUCCGGAAAAAUGUGAUGCAGUGGAGCUUCAUAACAUUGAAAAAUUUAUUAACGUUGUGCUGAUUCGAAAGCUUCAAACUUUGGCUGAUCAUUGUCGCAAAUCUUUACAAACAUGUUUAUAUCUCCACCAAAAUGGUAGUCUGAAUCCUGCUCACCAACCUGAAACGCCAACUUGGACUAAUGUACCUAAUUUUUUUCCAAGAGGUUGUGCAUGUAUAAAUUCCAGUAUAAAUGAUGGACUACUUAUACGUAAUUCUAAUCGCGAUACAACUGCCACUACCCUUUAUAAAGUCGAAGAGCCAGUCAAAGAUGAACACUCUUGUAAAACUUUAUUGAAUAAUUCGAUUCCAAUGAAUCCAACAUUUAAUUCUAAGUCUCAAAAUUAUCAAGCUAUUGAACGUGGAACAAAUGCUAAACCAUGUAAAAAGAUUUUGAAUACUAAUAAAUUAACAUUUACAAGUAAUAAAUAUUGUAGUGGAAAAUGUUAUCACUGUAAAGAAAAUCAGUUGAGAACACCUGUAAUACGCGAAGUGAUUGACCAUACGGCACCAAUGAGAAAAAUAGAAUGGAGAUAA